UAGUUCGGAUCUCUUAUAAUAAUUCAGAAAGACUCUCUUUUCGUCUUCGUACUUCUCCAGUGUUUCGUUAAAAUGGCGCUCUGUUGCUAAGGUUGACAACCAAUCAUGUGAUAGAAUGAAUCUAUAACUUCCAAUCGUGGACCACGUUUUAAACACGUGAAAGCGUUUCUGCCGUUGUUUGUAGCCGGAAUAGCAUAUAUUUAUUUUUCCGCUGAAAUGAGUGGACACAUGAAGUUACUGAGUUUCCCCAAGUUUGUCGUAUUUAAUAUGUUCUGCACAUGUAUCACACUGAAGUGCCAUUGACUGAUUUAAUAUCAGUGAUGCGUUCUGUUAUCAGUCAUAUUGAUGCAAGACCGGUAACUUUGUAAGCUAAAUAUUAUACGAAUAACUAAUUUCAGAACGUCCUCACUGCUGAUUAGCUCACUGAAUAGUAACAAAACUUCUCACAGAGACAGUUGUUAUUUGGCGAACAGAUUAAGCAAUUACACAGUGAUAAUAACAAGUGAGUACAAACGCUGACUACAGCUUCAAGUUGCCAAAACGCAGACCAAAGAAAUCCAGCGUAGUAAAGGCGAGAAAUGACAUUCAGACAAGAUGAAUCGAGGACCGUGUUUGUGAUCAAAUAUGGCGGAUGACAAGGACCCUGAGAGGCAGCUAAAGGAUCUGGCGGAGCUGAAGGAUCAGCUGGAGAGCAUCCAGAGGCGCGUGGAGAACGAGGUGCAAGCGGGAAUACCCCAGGGUGGCACUCUCUUGGCCUCCCCCUUCCUGAAGGGUGCCCUGGCAGGCUUUGUGGUUGCCAAGCUACGCUCAACUGCUAUAUUGGGAGUGUGUCUGGGCAUCUGCACGGGUGUCUGUGUGGCACAGAACUAUCCUGUUCCCAACAUUGAACAGACGGUGCGGGACUACGCCAGCUCAUUGAGGAAAGCCCCGGCAAAUAAACUCUGGCACCUCACUGCUACCUCCUGCUGGUGA